UGGGCUCCCAGGGAUCAGAGCUCCUUCAGCCCAGCCAUGGACAAGCUCAGGGGAAACAAGCUCCAGUUGGAGCCACCCGUUCCACCCCCUAGAUAUGUAGUCCCCUGUCCAGAUUCCCCAGCCUGGAACAAAGAUGCCCCCAGCCCAUCUCCUUGGCCCACCCCGGGGACCAGCAGAUUUGAGGUAAGUGCAGGUGCUGAGCCUGGGGUGGAGGGAGGUGGGCCACAGUGCCUACCACUGGUACUGCCCCUCUUCUGUCCCUUCUGGAAAGCCCAGGGGGAGGAGGAAGAAGAUGAAGAUGAAUAUGAGCUGCCCCCCUGUGAGGCUCUGCCGUUCAGUCUCGCGCCAGCCCACCUUCCUGACACCGAGGAGGACUCUGUGUACUUGGAUCAUGCUGGCCCCGUGGGCACAUCCAAGUCACCACCACCGCAGCCCCAGGCCACAACGCUGAAGGCGGUACUGAGCCUGAAGGAGGCUAAGAAGCAGGAACAGCCCUUCCCCCUCAGGAAGCAAGAGCUGGUUACACCAGCCAGAGAGGUGCCAGGCCUUCCAAAGAAACCUGAUAAUAACGUCUACGUGGAAUUCCCAGCCUUGACUAGGACUCUGAGCUCCCAAGUCCUGAUGUCCCCAAUCUCUCUGCCAAGGAUAUCAAUGGUGCCCAGGCCCACUGUAGCUCCCCAGGAAGCUCGGAACGGAGCAGCGAAUGCCACCUCUAAAGCUCUGACUUCAGGAAGGAGAUCUUCUCUUUCCUCUAGAGCACCUACCUGGAGCACCUCGGCUGCUGAGGACGGCAGCCUGCUGGGUCAGCCCUGGUACUCCGGAAACUGUGACCGCCAUGCUGUUGAGAGUGCCCUGCUCCAAUUCCAAAAGGAUGGCGCCUACACUGUGCGCCCCAGUUCAGAGCCUCACAGCUCCCAGCCCCUCACCCUGGCAGUGCUCCUCCAUGGCCGGGUCUUCAAUAUUCCCAUCCGGCAGCUGGACGGUGGGAGGCAUUAUGCCCUGGGCCGGCAGGGCAGGAACAACGAGGAGCUGUUUCCGUCCGUGGCCGCCAUGGUCCAGCACUACACACAGCACCCCCUGCCCCUUGUGGACAGAUACAGCCAUCGCUGUCAGCUCACCUGCCUGCUCUUCCCGACCAAGCCCUGACCACAGCGUGGA